GGCAUUGCUGGGUGGAAUACUAAUCAAGCUAGUUCUCAGUCUGCAGCUGCCUAGCUGCAGACAUAUACACACAAGGGUCUCUCACACCACACAUGCUGAAGGCUGCCUCUGUCACGCAUGCAUACUGACUACACAUCACCAACAGUUACGCUAGCUAUACCGUGGCAAUGCCAAUACAUAAUUUGCCAUCCCUGAGUAAUCCGCUCCGGCACUUUGUCUUCUAAGCUAUACUGGUAAACCGUACACCUCUGACCUUCCAAACCUGUGCUUCUGCAACUUUUCUGCCUCUUUCCAGUUAUUCUGCAGCCUCCUCUCUGUCCCCAGCUGAUGGCUUUUGAUGGAAUCGACAGCAGGAGCUCACAACAACUUCAAUUCAACUCUUCUCCCUCUUUCUUUAUUCUUCAAGUUUGACUGCGUCCUGUGUCUUCUGCGAGAAUAAAGGGAGUCUGGAGGAUCAGGGCUGCUCCCAUGGCAGGAUUAUUAGCAUCAUUAAGUUUCCUCUGUGCAGUCCCUCUCUUUGCUCUAGUUAAAGCUUUGAUCUCUCGUGCUGGAGACUCAGAUGGACGUGUGCAGAGCAGAUUCUGAAUCUGUUAUAGACGAGCUGUCAUUUUCUUUCCCUUUUCCCUGUCAAGUGGAAUAAAGCACCAUUUGUACAUCUCAUUCAACUUGGCACGAAGCAAUGCAGAUGAUCCACAGGUCCUAGUUGGUACCUUGCUCAAAAGCAGUUGCAUGUCGAUGCCAGAGACCAUCGGUUAACCUUUGCUUCAUUAACCACUAUAAUUGCCAACUAUUCUUCUUAGUCUGCACCCGCAGGUGACAUGCAGUCCCUCAUAUCACCGGUGACCAAAGCUAUUUUAGUAGCUUUGUUCAUUUUUGCCAUUCUGUUGAUUCUAUAUGUGAUUCUGUGGUAUAUCUGCCGAGAUGUGGAUUGUGACCAUGGGAUUUAAUCUAGGAUAUUGGGCAAUGGAUUAGACAACAGAGUUGACCACAUACGGAAUAAAUGAACCUCUUAUUAACCCCUAUUUGUCAUGAAAUGCAAAGACCAGAAACUGACCUUCAGAACUCAGGGUGACCUGUUCUCCCACAACAUGAUGGAAAAGUUGCUAUUGUCACUGGAGGUGCAAAAGGCAUUGGAUUCUACACAUCAAAACAUUUAGCAAGACUUGGAAUGCAUGUGAUAAUAGCGGGAAACAAUGAAACUGAUGGCAAUGAAGCAGUGAGAAGAAUUCAACAAGACACCCUGAAUGAGAAAGUUGAAUUUUUAUUUUGUGAUUUGGCUUCCAUGAAGUCCAUACGGAAUUGUGUGCAGAAUUUCAAAGCAAGAAAUCUGUCCCUCCAUCUACUGGUCAAUAAUGCUGGUGUAAUGUUUGUCCCGGAAGGAAGAACUAAAGAUGGUUUCGAAGCGCACUUUGGUGUAAAUUACUUAGGCCAUUUUUUACUGACAAACCUCCUACUGGACAUUUUGCGGAAGUCUGGAACUAAAGAUUUCAAUGCUCGGGUUGUCACAGUUUCAUCUGCCACCCAUUUGAAUGGGCAAUUGAACUUUGAUGAUCUUCAAAGCAGCCACUCUUAUUCGGCCCAUGGUGCAUAUGCUCAAAGCAAGCUUGCCCUUGUGUUAUUCACCUAUUAUUUACAACAUCUCCUGACUGAAGAAGGUAGUUACGUGACUGCUAAUGCGGUGGACCCUGGGGUUGUUAAUACUGAUCUCUACAAACAUUUAUGGUACCCAGGAAGAUUUGUGAAGUGGACAACAGGCUGGCUACUCUUAAGGAGUGCAGAAGAUGGAGCUACCUCCUCAAUUUAUACAUCUGUUUCACCAGACCUUGAAGGAAUUGGAGGCUGCUAUAUUUGUAAUGGUGGAAGGACCAAAUCUGCUGAUGUAUCGUAUGACAUGGAACUUCAAAAGAAACUAUGGAUUGAAAGCUGCAAGAUGUCUGCCCUUCCCGUUUCAGCCUAAAGCUUCCUCCCUAUCGGUUGUUUCCUUAUGAGGUUUAUCCAGGCUGCAGUGUUAUUAUGCAUUUUCUCACGGAGUGAGUAGGAAAAAAAAACAUACUUCCUUCUAGGGAUCGACCGAUUAUCGGUUUGGUCGAUAUUAUCAGCCGAUAUUCACAAUUUUGGACGUUAUCGGUAUCGGCAAUUACCUUGCCGAUAAUCCGAUAAUAUUGCACCCCCCCCACCCCACCCCCCACCGCACUGCCCCGGCCAGAGACCACCGCCGCUGCCCCAUUGCCUCCCCCCAUCCACGGUUUUAUAAUUACCUGUUCCCAGGGUCCGCGCUACUUCUGGCUCCUGCUGUGGCCUGCAUUACGCUGUGCACUGUGCAAUGACGAGUGACAUCCUCAACGCGACGUCACCGUCAGUGCGCACAGUGACAGCUCAGGACGCCGCUGGAGCCAGAAGUAGCGCGGACCCCGGGAACAGGUAAUUAUAAAACCGGGGAUGGGUGAGGCAAUGGGGCAGCGGCGGCGGUGGCGGUCUCUGGCCGGGGCGGUGCAGUGUGGGGACUAAGGACCGGCAGGGGGAGAGAAGACAGUGGGCGGCGGGGGGGUGAUGGGGGGGGGGAUGGUGCUGAAAUAGCCGAUAACUUAUACCGGAAUAUCGUUAUAAGUUAUUGGCUAUCGGCCUCAAAGUCCACAGAUUAUCGGUAUCGGCCCUAAAAAAUCGAUAUCGGUCGAUCCCUACUUCCUUGUUUAUGGGUUUGGGGACGUGAGGUCGCAGGCCAAUUCAGCCAAUCAGUGACUGAGGUGGGACACCAAUGUGGCCUCUGACUGGCUGAAUGAGCCUGUAACAUCACGUCCCUGAACUUAGAAGUGCUGCACAGCAGGGACCAGAGCUCUGUCAUACUGGUGGUGACGUGGAAGCAGGGAAGGUCAGUUUAUGGGUUGUUGUUUUUGUUUUGUUUUAAUUAUACAUUCCCUGACCAAAUGCAUAAAGACUUUGCUACCCUGAAAACCCCUUUAACAUUUCACAUCCAUAGACCCAAGAGGUGGCUAUUGGAAUUUCUAUUACACAAUUCAUAUAUAUCUCUGUAGAAUCAUUGUAUUUUUUUAGUUAUUCAAUAAUCGUGAUUAACAAGGAGUUUUGUACCCAUAAUAAUAAUAAUCAUGCUGUGCGUAAUAUACAAGGCACAAUUUCAGUCAUCAACAUGAUCAUAUACAGCUUUUGCCUGAAGGAUUCUGUCCUUUCAUUCUGUGCCAUAAAUAUUAAAGGAUAACUGUGAACCGAUCAGGCAAGUUGUGUUCAUGUUGUUUCAGAAAAACCCUCUCUGAAUGUAAUUUGAUGUGCAGCUUGCUUUGGGUAUACUAAUAUGUUUCAUAUGAAGGGUAAAAUUAUUCCUUUGACGCACAUUGCGGCCUUAAUAAUUAUGAUGAGUUCAUUAGGUAUUCACUUGGAUGUAAUAAGCAAUUUCAGGAAGCUUAACUUGUAAUCACAGGAGAUUUGAGAGUUUCUUAUUAUUAAGGUUCUAACUGGAAUUAUGAAAACUUUACAGAGAUAAUAUAGGAAAAAAAAUUACACUAUCGGAAAGAAAUCAAACUAUCUAUGGGACAAUUUGAUUUUCUACAGCACAUGUAGUAUAUUAUUACUGUCUUUAUUAUUACUGCUCAAGGAAUCUAUUGGCCACCAGGGACAAUAUUCAGUCAAAAGAUUUUGGUAAAUGUAUCUCAAAAACAUUAUACUGCUGUUCAGCCAUUUUUUUCUUAAUAAACACAGAUAUGAAAUGGA